AUGUCAGGAUCAUUCAGCAUCCAGCCCAUUGGCCGCUUCAGCGGCGAUAGCCAGGCCGUAAAGCGACCGAAGGAAAUUGCCUGCUUCUCAUAUGACGACAAACAUGAGUUCCAUCUUGGUGAUUCCUCACUCAAAUGGUACUAUCCACCCCGGCUUGGCGCGGACCUGUCCGAAGGCUUCGAAAGCUUCGACAAGCAUGAUGAUUCGGCGGAUGAACACCUCGAUAGCCUGCUGAAAACCAUUAUUGCUCACGAGCAGGAGGAGGGCAAGAAGAUUGAUGCCCAGGUCGUCACCUGGCGAGGCAUGAUAACCAAGGAUUGCAUUUUUAUUGAGGAAAACCACGCCUAUAAGCAAGCCUCGAAGCAGAAACAACAACAGCAGCAGAGUAAACCCAGGCGCUGGGAGAAUAGAGGCCGAGACAAUCAGCCGCCUCCUCCGCAGUUCUCACCAGAUGUCAUGACAUACUGGGGUUAUAAGUUCGAGACGCUGUGCACACUUCCUGCAACUUGGGCCGAGACUAGCAGAGAAUACAUCGAGAGCCGAGACAAGGAGGUUGUCAGCAACAAAGCGCAGUAUUGCUCUGUAGUCCGCACGGGGCUCGGCAAGACAAUUCUUUGCAUCGGUGGUGAAGUCGACGCUGCUACGACGACUGACCUGCCCUACGCUCCCGCAGUCUGGGAUGCCAAGCCCAUGCAGAAAGGGGCGCCGACGAACUGGAUCGAGCUCAAGACCAGCGCCUCGAUCCGGGACGACCGCGGCAUGGCCAACUUUGAGCGCAAGCUGAUGAAGUUCUGGAUCCAGUCGUUCCUCCUCGGCGUGCCACGGAUCAUCGUGGGGUUCCGAUCACAGGCCGGCGUCCUCGAGAAGCUGGAGGAGAUCAAGACCGAGGGCAUCCCUGCGACGGCGGCUCAGCGCGGCGUCAAGAGCUGGAACGCCAACAUGUGCAUCAAUUUCGGUGCUGGAUUCCUGGAUUGGCUGAGACGGACUAUCAACGAUGAUGGGGUCUGGCGCAUCCGCCGACAGCCCAGGUCCGACACCAUUGAGGUUUUCCAGAUCGAGGAGGCUGGCCACGGGAAGAUCUUGACGGACGAAUUCAUCAACUGGCGGAUAAAGCUCAGUCUGAUGAACAGCGAAGGUGGAUAA